AUGGACGCGACGGAUCUACUUCCGCUGCUUGAGCAGCUGGACGAUAAUAUCGAUGAUCUUCAAGAGAUCCUCCAGCCUGUGUUGGAUAGCUCCGUCGUGAAAGCGUCCAACAACCUCCCAGUACUGGACAAAGCCAAGUUCCAUGUCUUAGUCACCUAUGCCUUGGAAUCUCUGAUCUUCUCUUGGUUGCGCCUGCACGGUGCCAACGCCAAGGAACACCCGGUUUUCCGAGAGCUGACGCGAGUAAAACAAUACUUCGAGAAGAUCAAAGAACUGGAAACGGAACCCGAGCAGCGCACUCUCAAGCUCGAUAAAGCAGCUGCCGCUCGCUUCAUCAAGCACGGUCUUGCUGGAAACGAUAAGAUUGAUCUAGAGCGCAAGGAACAGGAAGCGAAGGAAAAAGCGCGCGCACACCUCAAGGCAUCACUAUUGGCUAAAAAAGCAUCUCCAGCCUCCGACUCCGCGCUCAAAAAUGCCACCGACGAUUCCGAAUCCGAGUCAAAUGCUGAAAGCGAUGAAGAGGCCGCCAAACCCGCGAAGACUACCCAAAAGACCAAGAAAAAGCAACCCAGUGACGACAAGAAAAAGAGCAAGGACAAGCAACGGAAGAAGCUGAACAAAGAAGAGCGCAAAGAAGUCACGAAGGACCGGAGGAAGAAGAAGGGUGACAUGCGCAAAGCGAAGAAUCUCAAAUGA